AUCCCAGCUUCAUCUUCCCAGUACCCCCCUCCCCUCUCCCCCUCAUCUCUUGAGUCUACAGUUGGUCUCGGUGGCUCAACUGAUUCCUCUGGGCUUCAUUUCCGUGACCCUUUCGACCCUCUGGAUUUUCACCCCCCAUAGCCAUGGCCUCCUUCUUCCCGGUUCGUCCGGUUUGCUCGGCCGUUCGCAAGCAGUCGACCACUCUGCCUCGAUCUCUAUCCUCCUCUACACAGCCUAUUGCUCCCUCGUCGGGGUCCUGUAGUCAUUUCUCGUCACUAUGCUCCACCUCUAGAUCGAUGAAUUCUCCCUUCACUCGCCCCUCUCAAUCCUCCAUUCUUCCAUCCUCCCCCGGGAACGGGCAAACGCGGACGUUCCUGGUUCAACUGCGCCGACAAGCGCAGACUUUCAAACAGAACGCCCCUUCGACAGACGCUGCUCGCCCACCAGUCAACCUGCAACUCACCAACCUCCCCUACUUCAUCCGUCGCACCGCCUCCAACCAACUCCCUGUGUACCUGGUCACCAAGGCGGGCGGUACCAAGCAGCAGACCAAGAUCCAGAAGACCGAGGGUGACAUGGACGCGUUGAGGAGUGAUUUGGCGCAGUACCUGGGACUCGAAUCUGGCGGGGCCAAGAGUCCGGAUAUCACGAUCAACCGCCUGAAUGGCCAUAUCGUCGUCAAGGGUUGGCGGAAACCUGAGAUUCAGAAGUUCCUCCUCGAGCGCAACUUCUAAGUGACGAGCAAUAAACUAAUAUCGGGAUGAACGUCGAUCACCCGUUUCCAAUAAUCCCAUCUCGAUUUCGCGUCGUUGAAAAAACACGACGAGAUAUUUCGAAUGCCAUGGCCAUUCAAAGCAUCACCAACCACAAAAGAAGAGACCGAUAUCACAUAUAUGACUAAAAGUAGGAGGAGGAAUCGCAAGAGAACAAAACAGACAUAUGAGAAGUCAUGAGCAGGAAAACUUUCAAGGGUCGUCGUUAACGAAUGCCCCAAGGUUCCUUUCCAUUUCAAUCUCCAUUUCUUUAUAUUUUUCCUUUUCCAAUUUCCUUUUCUAAUUCAAUUCCCAAUUUCUUUUCUUUUUUUUCUUCGUUUUUUCUUAUUUCCUUGUAUUAUCAGUGCAGGUGUUCUGUCGCAUUUGUCAUCCGUCCCUGUUUUCAUCAAGCUAAGUCUGUUUGGUUUGGUUCUUGGGUGUCUUAUCUUGUAUUUAUAUUGCUUUGUUUCCUUUUUUAUUGUGUUUUGUAUCUACGUUGCGUUCCUGCUCAUCAUCGUCUCCCCGCUCAGCUAGCUCUGUGCAUGCUGAUGGAUGAAUUUACGGUUGCUAGUAUGUCUAUUGUGGUAUCGAUGGUAGAUAUGGGAGUAGAUGUUGGCUUGAAGAUCUAUCUCUUUAUCUUUUGUAGUUCCUUGGGUACGUGUAGUCAAGCU